GAUGAAGUAAAGCAAGUAACAUAGACCACGUGCGCUUUUUUCUAGAGAAGGGAAAGCAUUUUUGUUUGGCAACUUCAAAGUCUUCUUCUUCUUCUUCCUCCUCCGAAAAAAAAGAGAGAAAGAGAGAGAAAGAAUGGAGGGCCAGCAGUCUGCUAGGGUUCGAUGCCAGCGAAUUGGGUGCAACGCAAUGUUCUCGGAGGAUGACAAUCCUGAAGGUUCCUGUCAAUACCAUGAUGCGGGACCUAUAUUUCAUGAUGGGAUGAAAGAAUGGAGCUGUUGCAAGAAAAGGAGUCAUGAUUUCAGUUUAUUUUUAGAAAUUCCAGGAUGUAAGAAGGGUAAGCACACUACAGAGAAACCAGUGCUGGCAAAGCCCGCAGCUAAUCCAAAGGUUGUCUCUCAGUCCCCAACACAAGUAACUAAUUCACCAUCAAAAGAUUCUUGCUCUAGAUGCCGACAAGGAUUUUUCUGCGCAGAUCAUGGUUCUCAAGCCAAAGAAAUAAAUGCGAAGACUGAGAACACCAUCACAACUCCUGCAGCUGAAAACAAUGUACAAGUUGAAGGCAUAGCUGCUCCAAAGAAAAAGAUUGUCGAUAUAAAUGAGCCCCAGGUGUGUAGAAAUAAAGGAUGUGGGCAAACGUUCAAAGAAAAGGAUAAUCAUGAGAAUGCCUGCAAUUACCAUCCAGGGCCUGCUGUUUUCCACGACCGGAUGAGAGGGUGGAAGUGCUGUGACAUUCACGUAAAGGAAUUCGAUGAGUUCAUUGACAUUCCUCCUUGCACCAAAGGAUGGCACAAUGCUGAUGCAGAAUCUUGAACAACAAGGGAAGAAGAAUAUCUAUUUCUUUUUUAUUUAAUUUUCACUUUAUUUCCCGGACUAAUGCAGCUUCUCUUUUGCUUUUUUGAUAUUGGGGAUGGGUUAAUUUGAAACCGGGAUCACUGCAAUUAAUGCAUUUGUUGUUGUUGUCUUUUUUCGAGACCAGUGAAACUUCUUCUUUUUUUCUUUUUUCUUUUUUUAAUUGUUUGCCCCAACAAAUGUAUAACUUUGUCUUUGUUGUAUGAUUGAUUAUCAAGGAAAAUUUUGGACAAAUAA